CUGCUGUUUUCUGGUUUUCACAGCAUUGUCACACGGAUAACUAGGAAUUGCAUCCUAGUGGGAUUUAAGUUUUUUUUUCUUUUUUUAAGUAAAAUAUUUGUCCUAUGAAUAUUUUUGCCGUACAGGUUGUUUCCAUACGUAGGGAACAAUGGUAAAGUAUUUCUGCUGUGCAAGUUCGCUGAAAAGCUCCUGGGACCAAGUUUGCCUUGCUUUCUGGCAACGGUAUCCAAACCCCUACAGUAACCAUGUACUGACUGAGGACAUCAUUUUCCGAGAGGUGACUCCCAGCAACUGCCUCAUUUCCAGACGUUUACUGACCAAAACGAGCCGGGCUCCACGCUGGAUGGAGCGCUAUCUUCCAAAGCACAUGGCUAGCUGUGCGUACAUCGUGGAGGACUCUGUUGUGGACCCUCAGAAAAGAACGAUGACCACGCUUACGUGGAACAUCAGCCACGCUCGUCUCAUGUCUGUGGAAGAGCGGUGCGAAUACCGAAUUAACCCUGAGAAUGGCAGCUGGACAGAGAUCAAUAGGGAGGCUUGGAUCUCUUCCAAUAUGUAUGGACUCUCGAGGGCUGUUCAGGAAUUUGGUCUUUCAAGGUUUAAGAAGAGUGUUACCAAGACAAUGAAGGGUUUUGAAUAUGUGCUGGCCAAAAUGCAAGGUGAAACGCCAUCAAGGAGUUUGGCAGAAGCGGCGAGAGAGACGGCACUGGCAGCUAAGGAGAAAGCUAAAGACUUAGCCUCACAGGCUCAGAAGAAACAAUACGUGUGAUGAUUCCUUUGCCUCAGAUUUCGGGGACACUUUUUUCUUUAAAUCCUCCCCAGUGCUUCAAUUCAUUGUGUGGAGACUAACUGUUCCGACUACAUGCCUCUGUGAUGAAGCAGCCUGCUUGAUGCGGUGGGUGGACCAUAUAAAGGCCCAAGAUGAGCCUCUUCCAGCCCACUUGUACCUGCGUCAGUCAUCCUGGUCAUGUUCCUCUUCACAUCAGCUCACAGGUGCUGUAAUUUGAUAGAAAACUGUUCCUGUUGCCUUCAUGCAACUUCCAUGCCUAUCAUGUUUCUUUUUAGACUGUUUUGGUAUGCUAUGGUCAACAUUUCAGAAAUCAAUGAUUAAUGCAGAUUAAUCAGGGUCAGAUUUUUACCUCAAGUAUUAUUAUUAUUUUUAAAUGAUUGAAUUAGCUGAACAUAACUUGUUCCUCCUGCAAAUAAUGCUUUGUAAUAUAACAAUUGAAGCAUUGUUGAGAUAAAAUUGAGUACUCAGAUAAAUGAAUAAAAGCAAAAAUGCAGUCAAUGGACUCUCCUUAUAAUAAUCAAUCAUCUUUUUACUUGUGUUGACUAAAUAAAGCCAAGUUCUUUAAAUAUAGAACAUAUUUAUUCAUAAAAAAAGGUUACAAUUAUAAAAAAUGCUACAUAAUAUUACUGGGCGGAGAGUGAAUGCAUACAAGGUAAGGCAUUUUGCAUAUACAAAAGGAGGGCAAAAUGUGCCUUUGGUUAUUAAAUAUAGAGCAAUAUAAUACAUGUAUUACAGCAAAAUCAUGACAAAGUUAUUAAUAGUGAUAAAGAAGAACCAUGGCUGUGCAAGAAUUGAUGCUUUCCAUCCACCGGGCAUCAAAACCCUCACACGUCAUAACAGACUUGAGUGUGCAAAUACACUGAAUGAAUAUCAGGCACAGUCAUGAUUGUGCAAUAAUGACCAAAUCAUUCCUGUUACCUGUUAUUUCACUUUCAAUAUACUCAACUCUUAGGAAAUAAGACAAGUGCAAUGUGAGGAUGUUUGUGUGCAGCAAAAGAAUUUUUUUUACGACAUAUAUAAACCAUAGCAGUGAUUAAUGUUUUAAGUGCAGGCCACGUAUGCCCUUACGGAGACAUACUGUAAUGCUUAGGAGAAGCUCAAUAAAAAAAAAAAAAAAACGAGACCAAAUAUAGUUUUAAGGCUAAAGUCAGUGUAGGCAUAUUGAAGACAAGAGAAGUCUGCAUUACUUUUGGGGGGGAUGUUUUUUUGUUUUUUUUAAAAAACAAAUCCCUUACAAAAUGAAUGACUCUUCAUGGCUUUGGAUCUGUUUGAUAUAGCCAUCCUAGCCCAGUGAUAAGAACUGCUCUUCAGUGCAAAUCGACACAGCUCAUUCAUAACCAACAUCAUGAUUACGCCUGUGAUGUAACAUUCAAACAAUGUUGAAAAACUGCCGUUGUAAAAAAAAUGGGGUUCGUUCACUUGUGCAAUAUCAUUGUCCUCACCCUCUUGGUUUUUGGAAUGUUCUCUCCUCCUCCCCUCCAUACCCCUGCCUUGAUGAUGAUGAUAGCUGCGGUCAUAGCCAGGCUUUGUCCAAAGUAGAAUAACAGUGAUCUGCAGCGCUGCAUGCAAUGUGCACCUCUUCAGAGUCCAUGCAGUCAAACACGAUGCUCUCCACGUCCACCUCUACAUCCUCUGAAAGCAGCAAACAACAUGUCAUCAAACAAGGAGCAGGACAUUUUAAGUUCAUCCAUACGUCCAUUUUCUACAACCCCAAUUUCAAUGAAGUUGAGACGUGUUAAACAAAUAAAAACAGAAAAAUGAUUUGCAAAUCAUAUUCACACUAUAUUUAUUUGAAUACACUAGACAAUAUAUUUAAUGUUCAAAACUGAUAAACUUUCCAUCCAUCCCUCCAUUUUCUACCGCUUAUCCGAGGUCGGGUCGCGGGGGCAAUAGCUUUAGCAGGGACGCCCAGACUUCCCUCUCCCCAGCCAGCUCUUCCGGGGGGAUCCAGAGGCAUUCACAGGCCAGCCGAAAGACGUAGUCUCUCUGAGCACAGAAGUCCAAUAACUGAUCGGGGGGGGGCCGUUCCUCCCAAUCACGCCCUUUCAGGUCUCACUGUCAUUUCCCACGUAAGCAUUGAAGUCCCCCAGCAGAACGAUUGAGUCCCCAGUGGGAGCGCUCUCCAGCACCCCCUCCAAGGACUCAAAAAAGGGUGGGUACUCUGAACUGCUGUUUGGCGCAUAGGUACAAACAACAAUCAGGACCCGCCCCCCCCCCACCUGAAGGCGGAGGGGGCUACCCUCUCGUCCACCGGGGUGAACCCCAAUGUACAGGCGCCGAGCCGGGGGGGGGGGGCAAUAAGUAUACCCACACCUGCUCGGCGCCUCUCAGUGUGAGCAACUCCAGAGUGGAAGAGAGUCCAAACCCUCUCAAGAGGACUGGUACCAGAGUCCAAGCUGUACGGGGAGGCGAGUUCGACUAUAUCUAGUCGGAACUUCUCGACCUCACACACCAGCUCGGGCUCCUUCACUGCCAGAGAAGUGACAUUCCACGUCCCACGAGCCAGCUUCUUUAGAGCCAAGGUGCCUACCUUCGGCCACUGCCCAGCUCGCACUGCACCCGACCCUUAUGGCCCCUCCCACAGGUGGUGAGCCCAUGGGAAGGGGGAUCCACGUUACCCUUUCGGGCUGUGCCCCAUGGGUGUAGGCCCGGCCACCAGGCGCUCGCCUUCAAGCCCCACCUUCAGGCUGAUAAACUUUGUUUUUAGCAAAUAAUCAUUAAUUUAGAGUUUUAUGGCUGCAACACGUUCCAAAAAAGCUGGGACAGGGUCAUGUUUACCACUGUGUUACAUCACCUUUUCUUUUAACAACAUUCAAUAAACGUUUGUGAACUGAUGACACUAAUUGUUGAAGCUUUGUAGAUGGAACUCGUUCCCAUUCAUGCUUGAUGUAAAGCUUAAAGCUGUGCAACAGUCCGGGUUGUCCGUUCUCCGGUUUCCUCCCAGAUCCCAAAAACAUGCAUUAAUUGGAGACUCUAAAUUGCACGUAGGUGUGACUGUGAGUGCGAAUGGUUGUUUGUUUGUAUGUGCCCUACGAUUGGCUGGCAACCAGUUCAGGGUGUACCCCGCCUCCUGCCCGAUGACAGCUGGGAUAGGCUCCAAGCACGCCCGCGACCCUAGUGAGGAGAAGCGGCUCAGAAAAUGGAUGGAUGAAUUUAUUUAAAAUGUGGACUCGUCGGACCACAGAACACUUUUCCACUUUUCAUCAGUCCACCUUAGAUGAGCUCUGGCCCAGAGAAGCCGGCAGCGUUUCUGUGUGUUGUUGAAAUAAUGGCUUUUGCUUUGCAUCGUAGAGUUUCAAGUUGCACUUACGGCUAUAGCGCUGAACUGACAUUGGUUUUCUGAAGUGUUCCUGACCCCACGUGGUGAUAUCCUUUACACAUUGACAUCGGUUUUUGAUCCAUUGCCGCCUGAGGGACCGAAGGUCCCUGCCAUUCAAUGUUGGUUUUCGGCCUUGCCGCGUACAUGCAGUGAUUUCUCCAGAUUCUCUGAACCUUUUGAUAUUAUGGACCGUAGAUGAAAUCCCUAAAUUCCUUGCAAUUGUACGUGGAGGAACAUUGUCCUUAAACUGUUUGACUAUUUUCUCACGCACUUGUUCACAAAGAGGUGAACCUCGCCCCAUCUUUGCUUAUGAAUGACUGAGCAAUUCAGGGAAGCUCCUUUUAUACCCAAUCAUGGCACCCACCUGUUCCCAAUUAGCCUGUUCACCUGUGGGAUUUUCCAAACAGGUGUUUGAUGAGCAUUCCUCAACUUUCUCAGUCUUUUGCCACCUGCCCCAGCUUUUUUGGAACGUGUUGCAGCCAUAAAAUUCUAAGUUAAUGAUUAUUUGCUAAAACCAAUCAAGUUGAUCAGUUUGAACAUUAAAUAUCUUGUCUUUGUGGUGUAUUCAAUUAAAUAUAGGUUGUACAUCAUUUGCAAAUCAUUGUAUUCUGUUUUUAUUUGUUUAACACAAAGUCCCAACCAUUGUACAGCUGCACAUAAGUGUGCUGUUAGAGAUCAUCAGGUGUGCCACGGAAAUGAUCCAAUUUCAUUUAAUUGGUCCCAAAAUUAUUUAAUUCAAAUAAUGCAUCUUGUGUUUAUCUAUGUCUAUACAAUUAACCUGUUUAUCAACCUGUUUCCAUUAAUACAACUGAACAAUAGCUGUGUUCAACUAAACAGGCCCAGAUUUCACACCAAGUACAUAUGUGAGUAAAUUGAGACAAAAUCGUCAUUAUUUCAGUAAUAUGACAUUUUGUUUAGAGGUGUGCCGUGAUUUUAAUAACGUAAAAUGUGUGCCUUGGCUCGAUAAAGGUUGGGAAACACUGCUUUUUAUCAGUGUGAUGGCGUGGGCAUUCGUUUUCAAUAGGAAAGCCCAUGGUGGGGAAAAUACACAUUUAUGUGUGGACAAAACUUUAAUGGCUACGAUAAAACUCACCCCUGUCUGAGUCCGACCGCUCUGACGACAUGGUGGAGCCCAGGCUGUCGUUCCUCAUCCGCUCGGCACCUCGCUGCAGCUGCUCCAGACGCACCUGCAGCUCCCUCUGCUCCCAGCGCAGACGACCUUUCAGCUGCUCUGCGCGCGCAUCCUGCUCCUGCAGCUUCUGUCAUGAAAAACACACAAGCACAGUGGAGAAGUGAGCAGACGGGGGACAACUGUGAGGACCGACCAUAAUAGGAAAAGUUAUCAU